AUGAUGAAUGGUGGAAGAGGAGGCAGACCACGGUCAAGAGAACGCAACCCUGCUAGACGGCCAAACACCCGGACGGAGGUGGAGGAUUUCAAGAAACCAGACUUUCCCUCCCUAAAAGGUGCACCUAGUACGAAACGGCAGUAUACAUAUGGAGCUGCAGAGGAACCUCGCCGCCUCAGCGUGGACGCCAUGCCAGCCACCCUUCAGGAUGCAAUGAAUGGUGUUCUUCGGAGGCAGGAACGUCAGGAGGCUGAGGAGGCUGCGGAUCUGCAACGACAUGGACAAUACCUGAAGCCUCAAGUCACUCGUCGACCUAAUCCGCCGAGAGAAGCCGACGAGUCAGGAUCAGGAUCAGAUGUUGAGUCCAAUCAACCGUCACGUGGCCGGGACAACAGCAAGUACAGACAGGGAUUGAAGUCUGCCAUGGCGAAACUUGCAAAACCAAGCAACACAGCAAAAGUGGCCUUUGAUCGAUCGUUCAGUCAACCAGCAUCUGAGGAUGAAGACGACGACGAUGACGAUGGAGAGCUCACUCCCGACGAAAGUGAUGGUUCUGAUUCGCGGAGUUUCAACGCCGAGCGUGAUUUAUUUAGAAAUGCUGCGUUUAUGAUAUCGCCAAUGCCUCCGCCAGCAGCCAUCAAACCAAUUUCAUUGUCUAAUUCGACAAGGUCAUCUACUCUAUCGGGUCAAUCCCUGCCGGCCAAUGACCAACAUGAGCAGGCUACCCCAAAUCGAAUCAUUGAAGCUCCAAGUAAAGCUUGGAGUGCCGUCAAGAGUCUCCUAGGAGGAAGGGUUUCUGCGCCUGUCAGUCCGCCCGAAUCAGACACGCAGCCAAGUCUAGGGACUAGCACCGCCAGACUUUCAGAACAGAGUCAAUCCACAGCAAGGAUGCGCAUCCCCAAGGCGCCGACCAUUGCGGCCCCAGCAAAUCAACCCCGAGGCAAAGAGCAACGGACAAUACCUCCUCGAAGUAACACUAUCAUAAGUCGCCUGUCUCCCCUUGCUGCCACGCGACAGCCAGGCAAACCUCUCCUCAGUUCUCCCGUUCCCACAGAUCACAGCGAAAUGGACGAUGCCAUGCAAGAUAAUAUUCGAGAGACUGAAACCCGAGUUUCGCGCCAAGACAAAUGGUGGCGCAUUCUCGCGUCCCUUUUUCCAUUUACUUCUAGGCGGCAACCUCAGCAGAGACAUGUUCAAAACGGAGAGAUCAACUCUCCCGUGUCCUCCGAUUUCGAUUCUGACCUCGAGUCGGAACCCGAUUCAGCUCUCACCGACGAGUCCAUCAAUUGGCAACAGCUGUUCAACCCACUCACAUAUCUGCGGGCCAUUUAUUGGUUUUUCAGCACCGCCCUCGAAAGUGUCAUCAACUCCUUUUCCGGACUCUUCUCAGACUCUCUGCGAGACCGGCUAAUGCUCAUUGGUGAGGCGCUGAUAUACACCGUUAGCGGCUUUUCGUUCCUUUUGCUGGCUGCAGUCCUCUCCAGCAUUGCCAUCGCCAACUUGCCCAGCUUCGAAGAGGCUCCAUCGGUUUCUGUUCCCUCGGUCUCAAUACCAAUAUUGCCAAGGUUCGAUGACCUUGCCUCUCGAAUUGGAAAUAUCAUCCCGUCCAUUAGCUGGUCCUCGCGGAGCGCGUGGGAUGACUUUCCAGGGCUUAACGAGCUACGAGGCGACCAGUAUGCCGAGUUUGGGGAUCUCAUUAACCAAAUUCUACGGGAUCUCCGCUUGAUGAAGGGUGCUGGGAAGCUUCAUGAAUCAUCCAUUGAACAGCUAAACUCAGUCGUCCCCAAGAUGGUGCACAUGACACUCAAAGAUGGAAAACCCGUCGUCACGCAAGAUUUCUGGCACGCAAUCCGAGACCUGGUCGAGAAAGAUGGCAGCUUCCCAAUGCUGAAUAAGAGCAAGGCUGGCAAUUACGAGCCUUCGUCAGAGAAGCAGUGGAAAGAUAUUGCGGCAUGGCUGGCGAGACGUCCAGAAAUCGCCUCAAAAAUCAACGAGGCGAACGAUGGACUAGCCAAGAAGCUGCCGCAUAUGUGGGAAGCUUGGGCAACAGACAACCAGCGCAAGGUCGAACAAACGCUACGCCCCAUCUUGGACAAGAUGAAGAUUACCGGAUCCCUCUCGGACAAGGACAUUGACAAGCGCCUUGACCAGAUGAUCAAAAAGCAUGUCGGAAACACCAAAACUGGCAGCACUGUCGUGAGUCGUGAAUACUUUUUACAGUAUCUCAGGGACGAGUUUGCCAGCCAUCGUACCGAGAUGAGAGCCGAAAUCAAUGAACUGCAGCCCAAGCUGGAACAGCUGAUUCGCGACUCUGUCGAUCUAGCCAAGAAAGAUGACUCCCCGAGCAUGACACGGGCGGAAGUUGCCAAGCUCGUUGACGGAUUGGUGCGCAAAGCCAUUGCUGAUAUGAACCUAGAGGCCAUGGCUAAGGGUCGGAUUCGCUCUCACUGGGACAGAGAUCUGAAGAACCAGCUCAACUACUUUGGAGUAGGUGCUGGCGCCAUUGUCGAUCCCAAAGGAUCAUCCGGAACAUAUCAGCCCGAUGCGAAAUAUCUCAAUGACAAGGGUCUCAAGGGCGCUCAGCCGUACCCACCCAUAGAAGCUCUCCUUCCAUGGCAUGAUGAUGGCGACUGUUGGUGUGCUGCUCGUGAGGUGAACAAACGCGGCAACCCCCAUGGUGCCAAACUGAGCGUCAUCAUGGGCCACUCAAUCAUCCCUCAGCAUAUCGUGAUUGAGCACAUCUUGCCCGGUGCCACGUCAAAUCCCGGCGCGCGACCCCGUCACAUCGAAGUGUACAUCAAAAUCGAAGACUUGGCUACUCGAGAGCGUUUGCUGGACUUUUCGGCGGCGCACUUCCCCGACGACCUGUCAGACUGGAACUAUGCCCCAGCUGAUUUGCCUCCUCACUUUGUCAAGGUGACUCAGUUCAUAUACGAGGGUGCGGAACUGCAUGAUGGCGUUCAUGUUCACCGCCUCAGCAGCGAGCUCAUGGCCCUCAACGCCGAGACUGACCAGGUGAUUGUUCGGGCUGUAAGCAAUUACGGAGCUCCCAAUCACACAUGUUUCUACCGCAUUCGCCUCUUUGGGCAUAAAACACUAGAGCCAGGCGACAUGUAA